CAACUCUCUUCCCUUUAUACAAGCUGCCAUGUCGUCUGUGGACCAGGUCACCCCCAUCAAAACAUUCAAGAAGCCAGUGCGAAAGCCAACGCGUCAAGGGUCCAUCUCACGUGUGGAACCGCCUGCGCCAGGACCCGCUUUUAGGAUCGCCAUUGUUGGUGCUGGAGCCAUCAAUUUCGGUUCGGUAGAAGGUCCAUGGAAUCACAGUUUCAGAAUUGAAAACAAGCUCGGCACGCGUCUUCUGGUCACCGCUUUGAUUGAUCCAAGCGCCGAGAACAGGGAACGCGUUCUCAAGAUCAAGCGAGAAUCUUUUGUGGAGCGUGCCUACGCCAAUACCAAGGAAUACAACAACAUUGAGGAGUACCUUGCCGACCUCAAGGAGGAGGAUCGCCCGCGAGCGGUCAUCAUCGGCUCGCCUCCUCAAUUCCACGGUUCUACACAGCCUGGUAAGGAUGUCGAACUUCAAUUGACCAAGGCUAUUCCAGGCGUUGCACUCUUCGUUGAGAAGCCCGUCACCAUGUCUCCUGCAGAGGAUGCCUAUCAAGUGGCACUCCAGCUUCAAGAGCAAAAGACCAUUGUCUCUGUGGGUUAUAUGUUCCGCUACUUGGCGGCAGUGACAAAGAUGAAGGAGCUGCUCCAGGAUAAGCAGGUGACUGGUGUGAUUGCUCGCUAUGUGUGUUCUUACGCCAACAUUGCCAAACCCAGUUGGUGGACGUUCAGCCAGAGUGGUGGCGCCGUCGUCGAGCAGGCCAGUCACUUUGCUGAUUUGCUUCGUUUGUUUGGUGGUGAGGUGGACUUGGACUCACUCACUGCUACAUCGGUUGCGUGGGAUGACCCUGCCGGAAAGCUUUCUGCCAUGCCCAUUGACGAAAGUAAGAUCCCCGAACACGACCGCAUUGAUCGUAUGACUUCUGCUACAUGGCGAUUUGAGGACUCUGGCGCCAUUGGUUCUCUCACGCACGGUCUUGUCUUGCAAGGCACCAAGUAUGAUACCACACUUGAGGUCUAUGCAGAUGGCUACCAGCUGCGACUCGUCGAUCCAUACAACCAGCCUCGUCUGUAUGUGCGCUCGCCUGGCGAUGACAAGGAGGAGACAUACCAGUUCCCCGAGGACGACCCAUACUUCACGGAGAUUGAUUCAUUCAUUGAUGCCAUUGAGAGCAAAGACCAGUCUCUCAUUGCCUCAUCUUUCGAAGAUGGCGUGCGAACUUACGAAUUGACUUGGGCCAUCACGAACGCUGCACGCGAAGCUCGCGCUAAGCGACAGGCAAAGAAGGCCGGCAAGACUGCUUGAAUGCAUGAUGCGCAUGAUUCGUUGAUGAAUGAUUAAAGAUAAACUUAGAGAUAAAAGACCCAGACAGACAUAGAGCUAGCUGAAGGAGACAAAUUUGCUAUCGAUUGGAAGACCCG